AUGGCCGAGUCUAGUUAUAAGGAGCCCAGAUCAACUUGUAAUCCUCAGCAACCCACAUCUCCCUCCAGAGUAUCAAAGCUUGCUUAUCAGUCGACCAUGCGUCCUGCCGUCAUCCUCAUCGCUCUCGCAGCCUUCACCAUGGCUAGCCCCAUCGCCAUGGAGGCCAAGGAAGACUCCUUAGCUGUCCCAUCCUACUCCCAGAACCUUGACUUCGUCGCCGCUGCUAAACCUGCGGCCCCGGCCAAGCCAGAGGCGGAACCCGGCGUGUUGAGCAAGAUAGGGAGCAAGAUCGACAAAGGCAAAGUGUUGGACUCAGUCAAGAUUGCUGUCGCCAAAGGCUGCAAAGUCGUCCACGGCCUGAUCACUGAGUGCUUGACCCCACCGACCAGUCCUUGA